ACUCAAACACUCAACUUUUGAAAAUCGAGAGUCUGCUUGUGGCGCAUACCACUCACCAUGAUGUCGAAUCUACAGGUACCAUCCGUUACAAUAGAAGAUUUGCAGGCCUUUCAAGCGAAGCAUUUUCCCAGUAGUCAACAAGUCACGUCGCUGGACUACUCCUAUAGGGAGACUGUAGAUGAAGAUAUUGAUGAUGACGGCCUUGGAUACUACGCAGAUGGCGUGAAGCGUACUCUCACGGACGAGCAGAUCCGCAUUUUCAGGCAUAGCGAAAUCCACUCGUUACUUCGCCAGAAGCAACUACGAGAAGAGGAGCUGGCUGAGGAGGCCCGUGAAUUAACGCCCGUGAAGGGAGUUGCUGGUGAUGUUGCUGAAGGGCAAGAAGACACGCCCUCUGGUAUCCCAGAUGGUCAACAGGAGAAGAUGCCUGAGGCGAAAGAAGGCACUGGCUUGGAGCCAAAUGAGGCACAGGAUUCGUCGAAAAGGAAGCGGUUGGAUGAGGCAGGCUCACGGGAGAGUCUUGAUUAUGAUGACAAUGCUACAGUGCAGCGGGAAGCACAUGGGCGUGGUCCGAACUUUGCUGGACGCAGAAUCAUAUCCUACGAGGAUUGAGAACGGUUUGCAUCGACAAACAGUCAUAUGACAUUCUGCAAUGGCUGGCUUUCAGCCUUGACACUCCUCAUGUCAGAUUUCUUCUCGUCACCAUUCUGACAAUAGAAUUGGAGACUGGUUCACCCAAUGUCUGCGUGAGUGCUCCUUUUUGUGCAUACUCGCUUUCUUUUCUGUGAUGAAAUUUAUGUAUCAGUCAUCCUUAGUCGGACUGUCAUACCAUCUUCGGGUGUGUAAGACUCUGACGACUUUAAUCUUCUCUCUGACAUUACUCUUUCCGCGGCCGUUUUGUCUUUGUCGUUGUUAAAGGUAUCACUAACUAUCCCAGUCAUUUAGAAUUUGCCGAUCGUUUGGGGAGCUAAAAAGGGAAUAUCGGCA